AUGCCUCCCGACAUCCUGCCAGUCACCAGUGAACCCGCUACGCUAGCAAGCAUCGCAACCGAAACUGAACUGUUAGAAGAGAUUCGGAAAGCACAGGCCACAGACGACCAGAUCAACGUGCAGGUGCAACGAUGGAUGGAGAUCGAACCCCGACCGUUGGAGGAUCAACCGGGAACUGAUCAAGUAUUCCUCACCAGUUACCGCCUACACAACCGACUCUGGGAGAAGAAGACACGCGACGGUUGGCGAAUAGUCAUACCGCCCAACUUUCGCACCCGGCUACUGUUCCGCUAUCACGACGAUGAUCUAAUGGGACAUCCAGGCUACGCUGAAACCUACCAAAACAUCGCUACAUACUACACUUGGCCCCGUAUGAAGGUGCAGAUAACUGCGUACGUACAAAAUUGCCUUCUGUGUAGCUGCUCAAAAGCAUACAACCGGAAUCACGAACCUACGCAACGACCGCGACGGUCUACUAGACCAUGGGAAACUGUAUGUCUCGAUCUGAUGGGCCCCUACCCACUCUCCAAGCGAAGUAAUCGAUUCAUAUUGGUCAUCACUGAUUCUUUCUCCAGGUGGAUAGAAGCCUACCCGCUGCCUCACGGCGACACAGACAUGAUUGGCCACACGAUGGAUAUGCACCUGUUUCCCAGAUGGGGAUGCCCAAAAAUCCUACUCUCCAACAAUGGCACUCAGUUUACGGGGAAACUAUGGAACGAACUCUGCCUCAAAUGGGGAGUCUUACACUACACCACGCCAAUUUAUCACCCUCGAGCCAACCCUACCGAGAGAAGGAACCAGGAACUCAAGAAGGGACUACGGAUCCGCCUACAAGAACAACACCAAGAAUGGGAGAACCAACUACCAUCCGUGCUAUUCACCCUGCGAAAUCGACAGAACACGGCAACAAGAUACAGCCCCAGUCAAAUCCUGUUUGGCCAAACCCUUCCAUGGCCAGGGGAAUGGAGCCACUGGCCUGAAAAUCAACUCAAACCGCACAAAGACCAUAUUAACCAGUGUCUACACACGCUAACCGCAAUCCAACGCGAAGCCGUGUUGAACCAAGAAAACUAUCUCAAUAGGAAGGGAGACCCGAUAGCCAAGACACAGCCUCAUUACUAG